CUUCUUCUUGGCAUGCGCGAAAAUGGUGUCGUUAUUCCGUAGUAGCAACCGGACGAUAUCGCGGUAUUUGCCGGCGAAGAUGUGAUUGAAUUCAACACGUAAACUAUCCCGUGGCUGGACGAGGAACGACAAAGUGGUUUGCAAUGAAUUUAACCGCGGGAAAUCCGCACGGGAAUGGCUUGCUCUACGCCGGCUUCAAUCAGGAUCAAGGAUGUUUCGCUUGUGGAAUGGAAAAUGGAUACAGGGUAUACAACUGCAACCCUCUCAAAGAGAAGGAACGACACGAUUUUAGCGAUGGGGGUCUGGGCUAUGUCGAAAUGCUCUUCAGAUGUAAUUAUUUAGCUCUCGUUGGUGGUGGAGCUAAGCCUAUGUAUCCAACGAACAGAGUGAUGAUAUGGGAUGACCUCAAGAAGUCACCGGCUAUAACAUUGGAAUUCAAUGCUCCCGUGAAGGGAGUAAAGUUACGUCGUGAUAGAAUAGUCGUUAUACUUGAAGGUGUUAUUAAAGUUUACACCUUCACGCAAAAUCCUCAGCAGUUACAUGUUUUUGAGACGAAUCCCAAUCCACGAGGAUUGUGUGUUUUAUGUCCAAACAGUAACAAUUCCUUACUAGCCUUUCCUGGCCGCAAGAAUGGGCAUGUACAAGUGAUAGAUCUGGCAAACACAGAGAAACAGCCUCUCAAUAUAGAAGCACAUGAAACUCCUCUCUCUUGUAUAGCAUUGAAUCUUCAGGGUACGAGGUUAGCUACAGCCUCGGAGAAGGGUACCUUGAUAAGGGUUUUUGACACUCAAACUGGAAAUAUGAUAAACGAACUGAGAAGAGGGGCUAAUCAUGCGAAUAUAUACUGUAUAAACUUCAAUCAUGACUCAACAUGGUUAUGCGUGGCCAGUGACCACGGUACCGUUCACGUCUUUGCUGUGGAGGAUCAGAAACUGAAUCGUCAAUCUAGCUUAGCGUCAGCCACUUUCCUGCCAAAGUACUUCAGCUCGAGUUGGAGCUUUUGCAAGUUUCAGGUGCCAGAUGGUCCACAGUGUAUGUGUGCAUUUGGCACAGAUAACAAUAGUAUUAUAGUGAUAUGUGCUGAUGGUAGCUACUAUAAAUUUGUGUUCAACAACAAAGGCGAAUGCACAAGGGAUUUUUACGCCCAGUUUCUAGAGAUGACCGACGACAAGAUGUGACUUCAAGAGGUUCAAGAUGAACCUAGCUAACUACGAAGUGUCGACCUUCUCACGGCGUUGCGGCGUCGUUUUCGUUCUGUCCGUCAAUUACUCGAAAGAAGAGGCUGAACUCGCGAGGUACGCAUAUAUCCUGAGAUACAGAAUCAGAUUGACCUGGACUGACCUCACGAGUGGACCAAACGAAGGGGCUGUGUGAAUUCCAAGUGGAGUCAAGUCCAUAGAGCAAACACUGUUCUUUCUUUUUCAUAUGUAUUCUCGCCCUGGACUGAUUUAGUAUGUAAAAAAACAAAAAAAAAUGUGUUAACAAGAGUCUGCCUGUCUAUAUUAAACAAGUUAAUAAUAUUACCAAACUCCUGGCUGCUGUUGGCUCAAGAUCGUCUUAUCCUGCUACAAAUUUGCUUUAUGCUUCAUAACAAUGAAAAUCAACGCAAUGUUUACUACAUUGUCACACGAAACUUCUUUUGACAAUGAUAAAUUUCUUGUGUGCAGUCCAAACUGGCACGACUCCAAUUGUGAUCAUUAUAAAUUGUAAAGUAGUCACCCGCACAGGACUGUACAUGAUUAUAUCAUGUAGGAUGUUGUAGUGUCUUGAGCAAUCCAAAGAUACUCUGCUGGGUGUAAUGAUAAUUGGACGAAUUUAAAGAAAAAGUGAUAAUAGGCAAAAUUACAAAAUUAAGUAUAUAAUCACGAUCAUAUUCACGUCAUGAUCUAAACCAAAUAAAACUUUCUAAAAAAAAAAAAAAGAUUAAUAAACAUAAGCGAAAUUCACACGAUGACAUUGGACAAUCUUCAAAAUAGCAAGUGCAUAAUUGUGACACGUAAACGUUAAUAGGUUCUUUAUAAGCUUUAUUCUUAAGUUUCCAUACAUUUAUUAUACAUAUACACAAGAAUUAAGUAAUUAUAUUUAACAGUGGAUAUCGAGAUAUCGCCACGAGAAAAGGCUAGGAUUGUAAUUUCACGGGGAUGCUCAUUUCGUGAUAAGGAAAUAAAAAGAGGAAAUUUA